GGGCUUCAAAGGAAAUGGAGUGGAUAUGAUCCCUUCUUCCGAUUCCAUAGCAUGUUUCAGUUCUCCGGAUUCUUCCGAUCUCAUGGUUUUCGCUACUCCACAAUAUCCUCCGUUGAUGGAACUAUUGCCAAUCGGAAACCCCAUUUGCUGGUGGAUUAUCUUAUCGAUUCCCUCCGAUUCUCCAAAGACGCCAUCUCCAUCUCCUCCAAAUCUAAGGCAUCAACCUUCCUGUUUGAACAAGUCGGAAGCUAACAUCCAUAACAAGUUGAAAUUUUACAUGAAGGAUCUUGGGUAUACUUCUUCCUACUUGGCGAUUUGCACCUCUUUCUUCACACUCAGUUUGGAUAAAAGAGUUAUACCCAGGAACAUGAUGCUUAAAAUCUUGAAAGAGAAGAGGCUAGUGAAUAAUGAUAAGCCAUCUCUUAUUACAAUUGCAUGCUUUACCGAGUUUAAGUUUCUUGAAUUCUUGCGGGGUUUUGAGGAUCAGAUACCAUCUUUUCGUGAAAUCUACUUGGAUAAUGUCAGGAGAGUUUCUUGAUUUGAAUCUAAACCCCAUCUUCCUUUCGGGUUUCUAAGUUCUUGAAAGGUAAUGUGGCCUUUUUCUUUCCAAAGAACAUGUUGAGAGUUUACUUGUGCUGACCUUUCUACAUUCUUAUAGUUAACUGCUAGAUUCUUGUUGACGGUUUACGUCUUUCUAAGUUUGUCUCUACGAUCAAUUGAGUUAUAGGAAAGGUAGGCGUUCUUGUAGGAUAGGAGGAGAUGGAAUGAGAAUGUGAGAAAUUGUUGUAGAAGAUGACAUGAAACAGAUAUAUGGUUUUAAAGUAGUGAUAUGAUC